AGUGUGUUGUAUUUUCUAUGACAAUCCAAUAUGAGAGGUUUUGUUUUCCAAUCACCUGGUGGAUAAACAACUGCACAGAUAAUGACCACAGAGGAAAAUCCAGUGGCUUACUGGUGACCAGUUCAAAUACAUCUGUUACCAUUAGCGUGUUAAUUUAGGCAUGAGGUUUGUUUUCAAUACAGAUUGGAAAAGUUGAAAACCAAGCUGAUGCUGAAGCAAAGCUCAUUGUUGACUACCAAACUGGCUAGCUCGGUAUUAAAAGACGUUCUUUUUAAUGUUCCGUCUGGGCAAUUUAGAACUGUUGGUGUGGUGUUUAUAAGUUUAGAGCCAGCGUUUUAUUUGAAGAAUACAAGCUUUUCAAUAUGGAGAAAACAAGCAAUUCACUUUCUUCCUACCCCCAAUCCCGCCUCUAGGUGCUCCUCACUCACGGUUCAUACUUUUAAAGAACGGAAUGGGGCCAAGUAUGUGGCAGUGUUAAUGGAGGUGGAAAGUUGGUGACUAUUUGGGGUUGAUCUUUCAAAACUACCAUGUUUAACAAAACCAAAGUUCAAUGGACUCCCCUGUAUCAUUUUCACCCUAUUUAAUUAAUUUAUGUAGUGUUGCAUUCAGUUCAUUCUUAAACCUGGAAUUUUCGAGGUUUUGGGAUGUGAAGAGGACAUCAGAUAACGUGGUUGGAUAAAUCUACUAACCAAAUAAACUAUACAGGUUAUGUGCAAUUAAUUCAUCAGCGCCUCCUGUAGGAAUCCAAGUUGAAGCUAAAUACAUACCUUGAGAUAAAACCGGUUGGAUCAUCAGUGACUUUUCUAGACAGUAUUAUCAAGGAGCAAAUUCAUCAAUACCGGGAUAAUGAUGAUUUUACUAGGAUAAGCUAUGAAGAAAUAGUCAGUCAUGGAAAGGAAAAUGAAUUUUUUCAAUAUAUGGAAAUAACAACAGCUUUUAUGUCAAUUUAUUUAUUGUGCUGUCUUUAUCCCUGUU